AUGAGAAGGACAGGCGACGGCACAUCGACGGGUAUUAGGACUGCGCGAGAUGUGGCGGGCCGCGAGGAGAUCAUCAGACAGGCGGAGCGGAUCCGAGGAGGACGGGCCGGAGCCGGGUCCGAGACGGACGAGGAGCUGGUCGUGCUGAUUGCGAAGUGGAGGGCGGCGAGCCGGCAGGCUGCUGAGGAGGUGUUUGAGACGUCCAAGGAGAGGGUUCAGAGCAUGGGUGGGAUGAAAGCUUGGAGGAAGACGAGGAGGGAGGAGCAGAAGAGCUUUUUGGAACGGAUGAUGGAGGAGGAACCUAAAAGAGAUCGAGAUGGGGAUACCGACAAGGAGGAUGAGAACUCACCAGACAACGUCGGAGCCGAGAAUGACGGAGACAGAGACGACAGAGACGAGGAUGAAGACGAGGAGUUCACUCUGGGAACGAUGCUGAAGAGCAUGAAUAUUGAUUUCGAAGUCAUUGGCUACGACGAGGAUACCGGAUGGUGGAGGGACGGCUGA